AUGAACUCGAUGUUUUUUUCCGAUACUCCGCCCGGUGCGGGCUGCAACGUUCCUGCGGGGACCAGCGCCCUGCGAAAUGACCUGGGCUCCAACAUCCAUGUGCUGAAAACACUCAACCUGCGAUUCCGUUGCUUCUUAGCCAAAGUCCACGAACUGGAGAGGAGAAACAAACUGCUGGAGAGCCAGCUGCAGCAAGCUCUGCAGAGACCGCACUACCGCGCACUUUACACCCGGGAGGUCGCCGUGCAGACGGACGGUCCCGAGUCCAGGCUGCCGGGCACUAUUUGGAGUUUCACUCACGUCCGGAGGCAAGGAGAGCGCUAUGAGACCCUGCACGGGCCCGGGGUGACGUGGACGCAUCCGGACGGAGUCGGGGUCCAAAUAGACACCAUUACCCCAGAACUGAGGGCUCUGUAUAACGUGCUGGCCAAAGUCAAGCGGGAGAGAGACGAGUAUAAGAGAAGAUGGGAGGAGGAGCUGUCCAAACGAGAGCAGCUGGAGUCUACAGUGGGAUCCCUGCAGCAGAGGGCCCAGGAGUCAUCAGUGAUCCAGGAUGACCUAAACGAAAAGGUGGACAGACUGAAGGCUGAACUCGUGGUCUUCAAGAGUCUGAUGAGUGAUCAAAUGUCUGACCUGGACACCAAGAUUCAGGAGAAAGCCAGGCGGGUGGACAUGGACAUCUGCAGACGGAUUGACAUCACGGCCAAACUGUGCGAUGUGGCUCAACAACGCAACUCAGAGGACAUGUCAAAGAUGUUCAGUGUCAGUCCAGCCAGGGCACUCCCAGAGAAGUCACUCUCAGAGAAGGGAGCAGCUGUGGCCUGCUGCAGGAGGAAAGAGCGUAAAGUGGUGUCUGAUGAGGAGAGUUCAGAUAUGGAUGCUGAGCCCAGCCCUUUGGAGGAGGAUGUCCCCGGUUCACUCAACAUCACGGAUGAAAUGAAACGCAUGCUCAAUCAGCUGCGCGAGACGUUUGAAAUUGAUGACGACUGUGACAGCCUCACGUGGGAGGAAAACGAGGAGACUCUGUUGCUGUGGGAGGACUUCACAAACUACAACGUGCCCUGCGCCAUCGCUGCAACAACCUGCACAACCACAUGCCCCAGUGACGGCAACGGUGAAGCCGCUGAUCCAGACUCCCAGGAUGGAAGUCUUGGCAGCCUCAUUGAUGAAACAGAGUCACUAUUUAAGACCAGAGAGCAGGAGUACCAGGAGACCAUUGGCCAAAUUGAGAUGGAAUUGGCCACAGCAAAGAGCGACAUGAACCGACAUCUACAUGAGUACAUGGAGAUGUGCAGCAUGAAGCGAGGCCUGGACGUGCAGAUGGAGACCUGUCGACGGAUGAUUAAAGGCGGCAGGAACUCUCCCUCUAUCAGCUCUGUGGCCAGCAGCGACUCAGGGAACACAGAUGAGAUCCAGGAUGAGAUUUCAGACAAGGACGGAGAGGCUGAAGGCCCUGUUAGUUGAUGGCUGCAUCGCCGGGCUUUGUCCCACCUCCUCCGGACCACCACUUGUCAAAAGAGUUAAAUGUGUAUAGAUUUCCACUCUGUUAGUGAGGUGGUCCAACCUAAAUCUGGGCCUGUUUGACCUGUUAAAGUUCUGAUGGUCAUGCUCACUGUUGCAGGCUCAGAACUGGUGCUUUUAUACUAUUUGUGUUGUUUCGAAAGCGGCGAGGGGCGUCUUUGCUUCACAAAGAGAAGGGGUGCAUAUAGAGUCUAAGCUGUGCUCUCUUCCUCACUGCUGCCUCGCUUCAUCCUUGCUCAGAGCUUCACUUCAUUUUGGACGAGAGAAAAAAAAAAGUAUUUUCUACAAAUUCUUACCCUACUAAGAUCCUUUUUUUUCUAAAGGAAUUGAAAAUAGUACAUAUUGUGCUUCAUACAAAAACAAAUCCAUCUUUACAUAUACUUUUUAAUAUUUAAUUUAGACUGAAAAAUGUCUGCGCCCCAUAAUUGGAAUACAAUUUUGUUGUUGGCAUGAUUCACACAGGUCCAGGUGGGGUGUUUGCAAUCCAAAUUAAACUGUUAGGGGUGUGAGUGUCCUCUACCAAGGAGACAAAAGCAAGUGGAGACAAAUGUUGUUGGAGUUCUGAUGGUUUCUGAGGGAACGCUGCAGGGUUUGCCA